AUGACACCCGUACAUUUUAGCUUUAGCUCAGCAUUUAUCUUAGGCUUAAUAGGACUAGCAUUCCAUCGAACCCACCUACUCUCCGCGCUACUGUGCUUAGAAGGAAUAAUACUAUCCCUGUUUAUUGCACUAGCCCUGUGAACACUGCAAUUCGAAUCAACAUCGUUCUCAACAGCCCCCAUACUAUUACUGGCCUUCUCUGCCUGUGAAGCAAGCACUGGCCUUGCACUACUAGUUGCUACUUCCCGCACCCAUGGAACUGACCGACUACAAAAUCUUAAUCUCCUACAAUGCUAA